AUGGACGCCUCCUCCCUCCGCAUCUCCAAGUUCGAUGGAACUAACUUCCACGCCUGGAAGUUCAAGAUGCAGAUGGUGCUGGAGGAACGGGACCUAUGGGAGGUCGUCAGCGGUGAGAUCAAGGCAGAACAGUGCGAGACUCAGUUGGACCAAGCGACGUACAAGAGGAAGUCAAGAAAGGCGAUGGCAGUGAUCUGUCUAGCCAUGGAAGAUUCCCAGCUACCGUUGGUCCGGUCGGCAAGUGGUGCAUGCGACGCAUGGUCAAGGUUGGAAGACCACUUCGAGAAGAAGAGUCUUGCCAACAAGCUGUUCUUGCGCCGUCGCUUCUUCACGACAAUGAUGGAAGAAGGCGACGAUGUGCUCGAACACAUCAACAAGCUCAAGACGCUGGCGGAACAGCUAGAAGCGGUGGGGGCUCCAGUCUGCGAGGACGAUCUGGUGAUCACACUCCUCGGCAGCCUGAGUGACUCGUAUCAAUUCUUGAUCACAGCUUUGGAGUCGCGCUCAGACACUCUUAGCUGGGAGCUCGUGACGUCUCGACUGCUUCAUGAAGAAAUGAAGCGGAAGGAGCAAGGAAGUAAAGGUGAUGAAGCUUCGCAAGGUCAAGCGUUCAUCACAAGGGACAAUCAGCGCAAAGGGCGACCAGUGAAGAAGUCCUGGCCGUGCCACAAUUGCGGAAAGAUUGGUCACUGGAUGGCGGAGUGCCCUCGCGCAUCCAAGAAAACACGGAGAGACACCGGCCACAGCGUGCUCAAGACAGCGGCGACCGCUAUCGAUCACAACGUGCAAACGUCGCUCAAGAAGAAGACUCGGGCGACUACCUCUUUCGAUCGGUGA